GCAUGGACUUGGCAGCUCUUGUGUCGUUGCAAGAAGCGCGAAGCUUUUGCGCGCUACCCUGACGCUGGCCUGCAAAUCUGGGCUUAGCGUGGGCAGUGGUGGUCCUGUUCUGUGCAGCUUCGAUGGAUAUCUGGACCAACAAGGUAUCGUUGCUCCGCGUCAAGUCGCACAGAACGUCCACUCCACAUGAAACAUCGCUUCACUGCGAUUGACGAUCUCUGGACCACUCUCAUCCCACUUGGGCUCUCUAUCAGCUCGAUGUCCUGUGGCAUUGGUCGUGUCUCGCUACGGUUGAAAGACCUGGAUCGCGCUGCCCUUGAUAACGUGGUUACACUCGAGUUGAUACCGGUACAGGAGAUGAUGCCGCCCCUCUUCCAUGGUUCGAUUGACAAAGGUAAGUGCCAGGGCCCCGGGGGAUUUAUGUCCUCGUGUGCCACCAUCUGGGGCUCAGAAAAUUUCUCGAACCCUUCCAUCCCUGUGCAACUUCUGCAUUGUUUACUUCGUAGUCUCUCGAAACUGCAACCAUGGCGGACCACGAACUCAAUGCAGCUCAACUGCAUGGUGAAAUCAAACAGGACAUCGAGCCUUCCGAAAAGAUCACCCGCGACGUCCUCGGCGGCCCCUUGAACGACGAUCCAAAGUCGUUACCCAAGGCUAGCGAACAUGGCUUCAUGAGCCAAGCACCAGCAGAGGCGUUGAGCGAUGACGCUGACAUGGAAGUCACUCCAGACGGAGAGGAGCCGACUGCGCAUGAAAAGAAGACCCUGAGACAUGUCGGAGAAAGCCUGCCGUUUGCGACCUUUUUGGUUGCCUUUGUCGAAUUGUGCGAACGAUUCACCUACUACGGUUGCCAGGGUAUCUUCCAGAACUACGUCCAAAGACCUCUUGAUGGUUCUGAGGGACGAGGCGCUCUUGGGAUGGGCCACCAGGGUGCGACCGGCUUGACGACUUUCUUCAACUUCUUCUGCUAUGUUACCCCCAUCUUCGGUGCCAUCGUUGCCGAUCAAUAUGUCGGAAAGUACAGGGCCAUCCUCUAUUUCUCCAUCGUCUACAUCGUCGGCCUCCUUAUUCUGUGGACGACCGCCCUACCAUCAUCGUUGAACCACGGCGCCGGCCUAGGUGGCUUCAUCGCUGCCAUUAUUGUCAUCGGCUUUGGCACCGGUGGUAUCAAGUCAAAUGUGGCCCCGCUGAUUGCUGAUCAGUACAAGAGACGCAAGAUGGCCAUCAUGACCACCUCCAAGGGCGAACGAAUCAUUCUCGAUCCUGCGGUGACCAUCCAAAGAAUUUACAUGAUCUUCUACACUUGUAUCAACAUCGGAGCCCUGUCCCUUUUGGCCACCCCUUACAUGGAACGCGACAUAGGUUUCUGGUCGGCAUAUCUGCUAUGUUUCUGCCUGUUCUGCGCCGGCACUACUGUGCUGGUCUUGGGCCGAAAGGUGUACGUCGUUCGUCCACCGCAGGGAUCAAUUAUCACGGAUGCUUUCAAGUGCAUCUGGCUCAUGAUCAGAUACCGCAACGAAGAUGCUCCCAAACCGUCCUGGCUCGCUGCACACGGGAUCACAAAGACAGUGCCUUGGAACGAUCACUUUAUUGAUGAGCUGAAGAGAGCACUGGUUGCUUGCAGAGUUUUCGCCAUCUAUCCAAUCUACUGGUUGGUGUAUGGUCAAUUCAGCGGCAAUUUCGUUACCCAGGCCGGUCAGAUGAAAGGCCAUGGAAUUCCCAACGACUUGAUGCAGAAUUUCGAUCCUAUUUCUAUCAUCGUUUUCGUUCCAAUACUCGACCGCUGGGUCUACCCGCUUCUCCGCAAGAUGCGCAUUCCAUUCCCUCCCAUCAACCGGAUUGUCCUUGGAUUUUGGAUUGCGUCUCUCGCCAUGGCAUAUGCUGCCAUUGUGCAGCACUUGAUCUACGUUUCCGGUCCGUGCUACGAUCAGCCGCUGUGCGAUGCCUCGAUCGUCGACGGAGUUGCGCAAGGAAACAACAUCCACAUUGCCAUUCAGACGCCCGCGGUAAGAUCUGAUGACGAUGUUCCAUCGCUGGAGCAGAUGUGCUGACCCGGAUUUUAGUAUAUGCUCAUUGGUAUCUCGGAAAUCUUUGCCUCCGUGACUGGUCUGGAGUACGCAUACACGAAGGCGCCACCAAGCAUGAAGAGUUUCGUUCAGUCAAUGUACCUGUUGACCAAUGCGUUUGGUUCUGCUUUGGGUGAAGCUUUGACACCUGUCGCAUAUGAUCCUGCUAUCCUGUGGAUGUUUGUUGGCCUUGCUGCUGCAUCUUUCGGAGCUGGCUGUGUAAGUUUCUCGAUGUAUCUGGUAGCUGACAACGAGAAACUGACGUGCAUACAGCUCAUCUGGAUUCUAUUCCAUCACCUCAACGCCCAAGAAGAGCAAAUGAAUGCAUUGGAGUCAGACAUGGAAGACGAGGGAGGAUACCGUAAAGGUUCCAAAGUCACAUAUUAAGCCUCGCAUCGUACAGAAGGAGACGAGGCAGAUCACAUCAGUGGCGAGAGGAUGACCCCAGUAGGCUACAGGUGAAAUCAGGUACACAUCAGGGAGUACGCGGCACCUUGUUGUGGCUGGCAAGCAUUGUAUGGCUCCGAGCACGAAUCCGGGAGGCAAGAGACGAUGAAGCAGCGAAGUAUGACCAGACAAUACGGGGUAUCCGUACAGUAAAACACCUUGAAAGAAGCAUGUUUAGAUGAUGAGCCAACGUCAAAAGUGCCGUGCCGUGCCUUUCUCAGUGGGUGAUGUUACCAGUGAUUACCGUUGUUGUGAUGAAACGCGGCCUUUUUGCGGGACCUUGCGAUCCCUGGGACUUGCAUCGCAUGCACAUGCGAGGGGGUGAUGGCACUCGUAUCUGGCCCUCUUUGGCCUAUGACCCUUUGUGGUAGACGCCCUCAGGCAAGACCGAGAAGUGCACUAACAAGGGUGACGGUCAAGGCUGUCAGCUGUCGUCGCAUGCUCGUGUGAGGAGGGCAAGUAUUGCAACGAUUAAAUUGUCGGUCGCUCUCCCUCCUUUUCCGAGCAGGUGAAAUGAUCUGCACGACGCUUUUUUUGAUGCACCCGAGAAUUGAGGAGGUUGAAUACGGAGUACAGUAAAUGGUCUUGUGAUGCUUGGGUGCAGGUUGAUGCGGGCAAGCGAGAAACUGGACCGCGGAGGAGCAGCGCGUAGCUCCAGAAGAGGAACAAAAAGAUGCGUAAGCUUCAAGCCGCGACUCGAUUUCGACUGCUCUAAUUCGCACUUUGCAAUGCAGGCGGGAGGAGAAGAAAGACCAGGGCUAAACAUAAAGGCAGGGCAUGUGGAGGUGGAUGGUCCAGCUGUCACUUGUUCCCCGAGCAGUCGGUAUAUACUGUAGCACACUGGUCACAGAUCGACGCUGUCCUUUGGAGAUGUGACAACUCAUCUACUCCGUACGAGUAUUCAGUCGGUGGAUCAUCGAUAUCAUC